UAUAUUUUAUGGAAUAUUUUUGAGCAUGACGUUCUUCCAGAUGGCAGUCCUAUGUUGCGACAAGGUGACACUGGAGAUUGGAUUGGUACAUUUGUAGGACACAAAGGGGCAGUAUGGGGUGUAGCGUUAAAUCCACAGGCUACUCGAGCUGCAACUGGUGCAGCCGAUUUCAAUGCUAAAGUCUGGGAUGCAAUUAAGGGAGAAGAAAUCCAUUCUUUUCAGCACAAACAUAUCGUUAAAUCGGUCAACUUUAGUACAGAUUCCAAUCAUCUAUGUACUGGCUCUUAUGAAAAGCUCAUACGCAUUUAUGAUCUUAAUAAACCAGAAGCAACUCCACAAAUAUUUUCAGGUCACACAAGUGGUAUUAGGCAUGUCACUUUCUUCGAUAAUAACUCUGCCUUAAUUACUUGUGCAGAUGAUAAGACAUUGAGAGUAUGGGACAGAAAUAGUGGGCAAGAAAUUAAGAGAUUAGAUUUUCCUGCAAUUCCAAGUUCCAUGGAGGUAUCUAAGGAUGGUAGCAUUAUUACUACAACUCACUCUAAUAUUGUUACCUUCUGGGAUAGUAAAGAAUUAACUAAGAUAAAAGAAUUUACGGUUCCGACUCAAGUUAAUAGUGCCAGCUUGCAUCCGGAUUGUAAUAUGUUUGUUUGUGGUGGGGAAGACUUUAAAAUGUACAAGUUUGACUAUAAUACAGGUGCAGAACUAGAAUCAUUCAAGGGACACUUUGGACCUGUGCACUGUGUACGCUUUUCACCAGAUGGUGAAUUGUAUGCCAGCGGAUCCGAGGAUGGUACCUUGAGACUAUGGCAGACGAUAAUUGGCAAAACAUAUGGACUUUGGCGUUGCAUAGAGCAGACGCCUGCGAUACAAGAAAACGCCGCCAUGGUUAAUAAUAAACAAGAAGUUCCUGCCAAUUAAACUGUAAAAUCUCAGAGAAGCGAGAAAAUAUCCGAACAUUUUUCAAAAGUCUAUAAAGAGACCAAUUGGACCAAAAUUGGCCGAGUGGAUGGAUCUCUUGCGAAUGAAACAUGUUAAAUAUUUUUUUUAUGGGUCAUUGUUUAUGCCCCAUGAAUACUCUGUAAAUAACGCAUCUUUUUAGGAAAUAGUCGUCGGCCUUCACCGAACUUGCGUUUUAUUUCAGGCUAGUAAGUCUAAAAGACUAAACUUUAAGAUCCGUGAAGGCACACGCGCGCACGAUAUUUAUAUCACGCUAUUUAUAUUACAAGAAAAACGACGAAAAAAAAAGAAAUAUUAACAUUUAUUAACAUUAUACAUUUCACAUUAUUAUAAUACAAAAUUAGAUAGAGAUGUAACGAGAGAAAGAAAGACAAGUUCAAAA